GCAGGCGUGCGCAACUCGCAACAGAAGCAAGAGGACACAGGAGGAGUUGUUGAGAUUAAAUGAAAGUCCUUGUGGACGUUAGUAUGCUGCCCAUACAUAGACAAAAGGUCUGAUUGAAGAUUACCAUGGAAGAGUCAGGUAGACAACGUUACCCCAAGCAGGGAGGACGGGAGAGGGGGCCAGUGGCUGAAGAUGCGGACGCCUGGAGGAGCCAGGACGCGGGUCGGGUGUACAACCCUCAGAAAGAGCGGCCCUAUGGAGGGUCUUACGGUGCUGGCUCCAAGAAAGGAGGACCGUUGAGCGGUUCUCCAGGAGGGUUUAAGGGCGGCCACAGCCCCUCGCAGAGAGAAGGGUUCAGGAGGUUUCCAGGUUCUGACAACCAGGCAGGAGGGACGAAGGAGAACUGGAGAGACCGUCCCCCACAGCAGCGCUGGAAGAGGGGCUACCAGGACGAGGACCAGGGGGAGACAGCUGCUGACAACUCAGGGGGGAGGCAGAGGAACCGGGACCGGAGGCGCGGGCACGGGGAGAACGACAGGGGCCCGGUGAUCGACGAGUCGGCCCUCUCAGUCAAAGAGCUCCAGGGACUGAGACAGGCGGAGGAGCAGAUUGGCAAAGACGAGAUCUUCCGUCUCAACAAGAGGUCACGCAGCUGCCCCAACGCCCUCUACUCCUGCUCCCUGUGUGACGUGCUGUUGGAUUCUGUCCCCGCCGCCCACAGACACAUCAGAGACAAGUGGCACAAGAGGCGAGCUCGGGAGAGGAAGGAGGAGGCCAUGCUGACGGAGAUCCUGCCUCCCGGGCCGGACCAGGUGAGCGCCCUCGGCCGCGCCCUGCAGGGCGUGGUGACGGAGCUGGGGAUGAGCGACGUGGACGUGGAGAGGAGACGGCUGAUCCUGGCUGCCAUGCAGGCCGUCCUCCUGUCUGUCCUGCCUGGAAUCAACCUCAGGCUGUAUGGAUCUUCUUGCACUAAGUUUGGGUUCAAGGAUUCAGACAUCAACAUUGAUAUUCAGUUUCCUUCUCAUAUGCAUCAGCCAGACGUCCUGUUGCUGGUUCAUGAAAGUCUGUCCAAGAGUGAUCUCUACGUGGAGAUGGAGGCUGAUUUCCAUGCCAGGGUGCCCGUGGUUAUCUGCAAAGACAAGGAGAGCGGCCUGGUCUGCAGGGUGAGCGCUGGAAAUGACAACGCGUACCAGACCACGUGCUACCUAGCGGCCCUGGCCAGCCAGGAGCCCCUCCUCCUCCCUCUGGUUCUGGGCCUCAGACACUGGGCUUGGAUUUGUCACGUGGACCGAGCGGAGGAGGGGGGCCUGCCGUCGUACGUCCUGGCCCUCAUGGUCAUCUACUUCAUGCAGCAGCGCAAGGAACACAUCCUGCCCAGCUACCUGGGCCACGAGAUUAAGGAGUUUUCCGUGAGCAGGCUGUCAGACUUCAGCCUCACCUACCUGGAAGACGGGUUCGUGCACUGGGGCUACCGCUCUGCUAAGGACUCCUCCACACCUGCAGACGGCUUCUACAGGAAGGGCAAGGCCCCUCUUGUUUUCCCGGGCCCCCGCUCCUCUCCGGAGGCGGGGCUUCUGUGGGUGGAGAUGCUGCGAUUCUAUUCGCUGGAGUUCAACUUCUCCGACAGCGUCAUCAGCGUCAGAACCCGUGCCGUCCUAUCGCGCGAGGCCAAAGACUGGCCGAAGAAACGCAUUGCUGUUGAAGACCCCUUUGCUGUGAAGAGAAACGUGGCUCGCACCUUGAACAGCCAGCAGAUGUUUGAGUACAUCCUCCACUGCCUCAAAACCACCUACAAGCACUUUGCUCUCCCACUCAACACGGCCCCUGCCAAUCACAAGCUAGGAGGGCCGAAACCAUCCAAUCACAAGCCAGAGAAAGGUUCCGGUUCUAGUCUGGAGGUGGGUCUGGGACCCCUGAGUGACGAGCAGGGCCUCCCCUCCAGCCUGGACUCUCUCAGCCUGGCUGAGUCAGCCAGGGGCCACAAAGGAGAGUCUGGAUCUCAGGAUUCAAACUGUGUCGUGGAAGAAGAAGAAGAGGUUGGAGAGGGGUACAGUGAAUCUGAUAAAGACAAAGAGAGAGAGAGUGCAGAUCUGGGGAAUAGUAGCCUCUCUGAGGAGGAGGAGGAGGAGGAAGAGGAGGUUUACAGUCGAGAGCACCUGAACAGUUUCACCACAGAAGACGAGGAACUCUUCCAGUUAGACGAGGUGUCGGGGGACGAGCCUCUGUCCGAUGAGGAGGGGCCGUGUCAGGAGGAGGACGGGGAGGAGGCGGCGGAAAAACAGAGAGAAACAUCCGGAAAGAUAAUGGAAGCACUCAACAAACUGUGUUACGAAUUCAACAAACAAGCGUUCACACGGGGCAAGUCCCACACGGUGGUAUGCAGCCUGUGCAAGCGGGACGGACACCUGAAAAAAGACUGUCCUGAAGACUUCAAGAAGGUGACGCUGGACCCUCUGCCUCCCAUGAUCCCCUGCUUCCUGGAGACCCUCAGCCUAGUCUGCGAGCAGUGCUACCGAGACUUCGCCCCUGAUGAGCUGGAGCUGGGAGUCAGAGAGCACAUCCUGCGGGACGUGGAGCGCUUCGUACGCUGCCAGUUUGCAGGUGCAAAACUUCGCCUGUUUGGUUCUUCGAAGAACGGAUUUGGCUUCAAGCAGAGUGACUUGGACAUCUGCAUGGUGUUAGAGGGACAGGAGACUGCUGAUGAGCUGGACUGUAUCAGUGUUAUCGAGAGUGUGGCCAGACUACUGAGAAAACACCCAGAUCUAAGAAACAUCUUGCCCAUCACCACAGCCAAAGUGCCCAUCGUCAAGUUCUACCAUGUGCGCACCAGUCUGGAGGGAGACAUCAGCCUCUACAACACUCUGGCUUUGCACAACACCAACCUGCUGGCAUGCUACGCCGCGAUCGACCGCAGGGUCACCAUCCUCUGCUACGUCAUGAAGGUGUUUGCCAAGAUGUGUGACAUCGGGGACGCGUCGCGUGGCAGCCUGUCUUCCUACGCCUACACCCUCAUGGUUCUGUUCUACCUGCAGCAGAGGAACCCUCCGCUCAUCCCCGUGCUCCAAGAGAUUUACGAUGGGGAUGUGAAGCCAGAGGUGCUGGUUGAUGGCUGGAACGUGUACUUUUAUGAUGACAUGGAGGCUCUGCCCAGUCGCUGGCCGCAGUACCAGAAGAAUACUGAAUCAGUGGGGGCGCUGUGGCUGGGUUUGCUGCAGUUCUACACAGAGGUGUUUGACUUCAGAGAGCACGUCAUCUGCAUCCGCCAGCACGCUCCCCUCACCACCUUCAACAAGCAGUGGACCUCCAAGUACAUCGUCAUCGAGGACCCGUUUGAUCUGAACCAUAACCUGGGAGCUGGCCUGUCCAGGAGAAUGACUAACUUCAUCAUGAAGGCUUUCGUCAACGGCAGAAGAGUGUUCGGUGUGCCUGUCAAAAGCUAUCCUCCAGAGUACCCCAGCCAAAUGGAGUAUUUCUUUGAUCCGGAGGUUCUUACGGAGGGAGAACUGGCGCCCAACGACCGCUGCUGCAGAAUUUGCGGCAAGAUCGGCCACUUCAUGAAAGACUGCCCCAUGCGCAAAAAGUCCAAGCAGAGGCGGGACCAGGAGGACAGGAACAGGGCGGAGGGACGGAGAGACUGGGCAGAGCCGGCCGACGGGGGCCGGGAGGGGACGCCGUGGAAGGGCGAGCGCUGGAGGAGACCGGAGGAGAAGCGUUGCUGCUUCCUGUGUGGCUCUCAAGCGCACAUGAAGAAGGACUGUCCUCAGUACAGAGGGCCCCCUAUAGCAAGUGCCAAAGAGAAGGACAGACAGGGCGCGCAUCCACACGACGAGAAAAGUAAAACAAGGCAGAAAAAUGUCCACAGUCCACAGACAGGAAGUCUAUCCAGCAGACACCAGGGGCGGGCCGGUCAGGGGCGGAGCCUGGUGGACUGAAGACGACCAGAUGGAGGAAGAGUAGAAGAAAGGAGAAGGAGAGGAUAAGAAGAACGAGAGGCUCGAGAGCAGUGAACUCCAAGCCCCUCUUCUUCAGUGACCCAUGAACAAGGACUGAACAAGCACCGUGGAAAUUCACAGACCCUUCCCUCCCUCCCCACCUCCCCCCCUCCCUCCCCACCCACCUCCCUCCACACCCCACCCCCUCCCCACCC